CUUUCCACGCAUACCGAUGCACCCACCCCCACACUAUCACACACACAAACACACUCAUGCAGCAAUGUGCAUUUGCACUUUCUAAAACAAAUUUGGGUUAAACUGGCGGCUACGUUGACAAAGUUCGGGUCGCAUGUGGGCAGUAUUACUUGCCCAGUAAAAUAUACCGUUGACUUUCAAGUGGCCGUUUGCCAUAAUUGGCAGCAGCGCCAAUGUUAUUGUUACGGUAAUUAAUCAAGCCUUAAAGGCACACACACACUCACGCUCUCGUUUCAAACAGCUGUGCGUGGUAUGAAAAAAAACAGGCUAUGCUAAUAUGGCAAGAAUCUCGCAUAAUAUGCCGACAAUAUAUAAAUUCAGUUUACUUCCUGCCCAGGCAGCGAAAGUCAAUCAAGCAAUACGCAAAACACUUUAAAUACAACAAUUAUCGAAUCGCCGACGAGGAUCAAAAAUCGAUUCCGUGAUUUAAUGCGUGCAAAAUGCUGUCAUGCUGAGCUCUUUUUUAAUGAUUUUUCGAAAAGGAAUUGUUGUAACAACAGUAAGCGAAAUAAAUACAAAUCAAGCGAUGAUGAAUUUAUAUAUAAAACUAAUAUUUAUCACCAUAUUUUUCAUUUUAAGUUGGCGUUUUUUUGUUUUUAAAAGGGAAGACAAACUCAGAUCGAUAAAACUUAAAUACCCGCUUAAUAUUUUUGUUAUUGCUAAAUAGUUAAUAGGUUAGUGCAACAAUAAAUGGCCAAUAAAUAGAUUACCGUUGUCUAUGAAAUAUUAGUAUUUAAAAUAAAAACUCAUGACUAUAACUGGAAAAUCACCGAUGCUAAACGCACCCAGUGCUUUUGAACUAGCGGUGACAGUGCUGAAAAAAUCCACCUGCCAAAGCAUCCUGCUGCCGCUUACCAACACCGGAAGAACGAAUUUCUGUUUCUUAUAAUUGAGUGAAUCCACCGCGAUGCGUAUCCUGGGCAGCUCCAAAUCCUGUGCAGCGGGCAACCGACUGAGCGUGACCUUCAAGGCGCACCCCAAUUCCCAACCGCAACUGAACGAUCUGCGAAAGAACCUUAAUGACAAAAGCCGAUUUCGCGAGUAUGUGAAAAAUAUUAUCGGAAACGAGGAGCAAAUGGGCUCCGUGCUGGACACGAUCUCGUCCACACAAGAGGAGGAACGCCUGGCCACCGUCACUGGCUGGUCCACGGUGAACAUCGCGAACUGCGCAGGCGUGUCCAACUCUUCAAUUUAUCUGGCGCUCAAAUGGGUGCUGAUGCCCAUAAAGGUGGAGAUAUUCAAUUUCAAGCGCAGCGGACCGGAGGACAAGAUGGCACGUGGUCAGUUCCUGGUGGACAACCUGCUGAGUGCCAAUCGCCUGAAACGCCUGCAACAGGAAGUGGCCGUUCUCUACACUUGCCAAAAGAUUGAGGUGUCUGUCACACCGGGUCUGCCCAAAUCCGUCAUGAACGCGCAGAUACUCGAGGGAUUUUCGACUGCCGUGGAGACGGCUAUCAAAGCGAGCUAUGAGCUGGCCACCCGUACCCUAGAUCUCUCUCGAUUCCACGCUUGUCCGGAACUGGGCAAGAUCUUCUGUCCACUGCAUGUGGUCCAUCUGCUGCAGAGCGUGCUUGCUCUUUCGAGCCAGAUAUUUCCCCAAAUGGCAGGCAUCGUGCUAAGCAACAACUAUUUGUGCUCACUGAAGGCCUUUGCCGGAGUUUCGCAUAGUCUUGCCAACCUGGAGCGCUUGGAUAUAAGCGCAAAUCGAAUCAAGGAUUUGGGCGAACUGAACUACCUGGGAAAUUUGAAAUUGAAGACCCUGUUCGUGGCUGGAAACGGUCUGGCCAAGCUAAAGUUGGAAGACAUUCAAGAAGUGCUGCCACAGCUGCAGAAUGUCCAUGGCUGUGUGUACUCCGAGGAGAAGGAAGAGGUUAUUGCUAAUCUUCCUGUGUACCAACGACUUCAAGACGGUGGAACUAAGGGCAUGCAGCUCUGCAUUCACUUUAUUAGUUCCUUUUACAAUAGCUUUGACGAACCCGAAAAGCGCUCGCAACUUAAGGAUUACUAUCAUGAACAGGCCAUGUUUUCACUUAGCCUGCCCGUACAUUUGGAUCAUGUGUACGCCUACAAACUCUACAAUAGAAACCAAAGGCGCCAGCAAUCCUCCUUUGCGCACAAUGCCAAACUACAGGUUGGCAGCGCUUCACUGCUCCUCGCCCUUAGUCGCUUGCCCCUGUUGCAAACGGACCACCAGAACGCCAGUCUGGACAUACACGUGUUCAACGCGAAUUUGCGCAUCUUCACGCUGUCUGGAUACUUUAAGGAGAUCACCUCCGACGGCUGGGAACGCAGACACUUUCAGCGCACCUUUGUCCAACGUCUGAUUAACAGUCCAGGCUGGCUGAUAACCAACGACAUGCUGUGCAUAACUUCCAUUAAGUCCGAGCAAAAAGAACCCGUCAAAUUUCAACCGAAUACUGAUACGUCGGUAAAGAAACCCAUAUGCCGUCAACUAAUUACCGAUGAGUCGGUAACAAAAACCGUAGACCCAGUUAAGGUUAAGGGACUGGUCAUCAAAACAAAGCCUCAAAAAAAAGUGCCACCAGUUGUGCGCCAUUCAGUAGAGGUAGAUCCUCUAAACCAGGCUAUUCAGAAUAUUAGCUUGAUGGACGCCAAGAUGGACCUUCUUCCCGAUGAAAGUUUCGAUGAAAUGCCACCCCUAGUUGCCAUCGGUCCAUUAAAUACCAAUCAAGCCGAUUUAUUGGACCAGGCGAUCGAGGAUACUCUGAUGACUGAUGAGGAUGCCUUUGAUCUGGUCAUUGAUGAGGAUGUCCUUAUCGGAGACGAUGAUUUAUAAACAAUUAAACCCAAUAACCAAAUAGCACUAAGAAAUGAUGCACAAAUAGGUUAAGACAUUAUUAAUUAAUAAGUUUCUUGAGUAUGAAACUCCAAAUUCUAAUUUCUAUUCAACUUUUUCUUUA